AAGGCGAAGCUGCGCGCGGCGAGCUUCGCGCUGCAGGCCGUCUUCCAGAUCGGCCAGGAGCUACGGAGUGGCAGGCUCGAGCCUGGCGCCGCGGCCCAGAGGCUGGAGGCCAGCAACACCGGGCUCAGGCCCGACGGGCUUGGCGACGGCGGUCGGGCGGGCGGAAAGGCCAAAAAGGCUAAAAAGGCAAAGAAAGAAAAGUCCAAGAGGGACAAGAAGGAGAAGAAGUCGAGGAAGGCCAAGGCGAAGGGCAGGAAGGAGAAGAAGGCGAAGAGGAAGAGCACCUCCUCCUCCAGCGCCGACUCCUCCUCUGCGGGCUCCCAGUCCAGUGCCCCGUCCGUGAUCGACGUGGACGGAGGCAAGCGGCCCAAGAGGCCGAAGAAGGCGAAGAGGACGGGGAAGCCCGCGAAGACGGCGAUGCCAGCGGUGCCCGCGAACCUGGGGGUGCUCACCAUCGCCGACAGCGACCCCGCGAGCGAGGAGGACUGCCCGGCCGAGCGCGCGGGCGCCCGCGAGCCCUCGCCGCCGCCGAGGCCCAGCGCCGGGGAGCCCGGGGGCCCCGACCCCGUCGCCUUCGACGGCAGCUGGGUCUCCGCGACCGGGGAGCGCGUGGAGAUCGCCGGCCGCGUGGUCUCGGCCGGGGACGGCACGGAGGUGCCGAUGUCCCGGGCGGGCGAGGGCUGGUUCGCCCUGGACAUGCCGGGGGAGGCCGCGCCCCUGACGGCCAGGCUCGCCCCUGGCGGCGGCCGGCUGGAGUGGAGCGACGGCGACGUGUGGCGGCUGCUGCCCUCGUCGGUGGCCGCGGGGGCGGGGCCGCCGCUGGCGGCGCCGGCGGCCGAGGCGCCGCCGCCGGAAGGCGAAGCUGCACCCGGCGGGGGAGGCCAGCAGGCUGCGGAGGGCGCCGCAGACGGGUCCGAGCGGGCGGCCCAGGCCGUGAUGGAGGCGAGGCUGAGGAAAGAAGACGCCAAGCGGCGGAAGGAUCAGGCCAGGCGGGAGCGGGAGGCCAAGCGGGCCAGGCGGGACGCGCGGCGAGCCGCCAGGGCCGCCGGGGGCGCUGCCGAGGGCGGCGGCGAGGCCGCCCGUCGCGCCAGUGGCGCCGAAGGCGCGGGCGAGGAGGACGCCGCGGGCCAGGACGACGAGUCCGAGGAGGAGGACGCCAGCGCAGGAGGGGAGGGUGGCCCCGCGGCGGCCCGGCGGCUCGCGGAGUCCUGCUACGCGGAGGACGCGCGCGAGCUCGGCCACGGCGAGGUCUGGGGCUCCUGGUACGACGCGCCCACGGGGCGCUGGGGCUACGCGUGCUGCCGCGGCCUCUGCCGCGGGCUCGAGUGCACGCUGGCCGGCGCGGCUGCCCCGGCGGUCCCCGCCGGGGAGGCGCCGGGGCCCGAGCAGCAAGCGGAGGACGCCCCCGCGCCCCCCGCGCGCGGCGUCGGCGAUCUGCCGCCGAGGGAGGCGUUCGCGGACCCCAUGGGCUUCCUGGCGCACUGGGCCGAGGCCGCGCUGCAGGACUGGCGCCGGGGCCUGCGCUCGGGCAGCGCGGCGCUGCUCGGGAGCGCCCGCUUCGGGAAGCAGGAGCAGCUCCUGGAGACGGAGCGGGCCAUGGCCGGGCUGCUCGCCAAAAUCCGGGCUGCCUCAUGCCACUACUUCAGGAACGAGGCCGUGCACGUGUGGAGCGUCGGCAACUGCCGGUGGAUGAAAGACGGCAAGGUCUUGGACAUCCUGGAGGAGGAGACCGCGGUCAGCGGCAGCAAGACGCCUGCGGACGGUUGCGUGAUGCCGGCCGGCUCCCUGCUCGUUUCUUUCUGCGACGGGAGCGCCAAGAAGUGGCUCGCGCCCGACCAGCUGGAGGGUCGUGUGAGGAAGGCGCAGCCGAAGGAGCUGGACAAGGCCGACGUCGAGGCUCUGGAUCGUGUCGCCACGCUCGCCGUGGAGCGCGAGUAUCAGGCGGCCAACCAGGCGUACGUGGAGCUGACCAUCGGAAGCGGCAAGUGGCACGGGAGCUUCUCGCUGAAGGGGCAGACCGGCUGCGCGAAGGCGCCGCGCAACGGCCAGAAGGUCAUGCAGGACAGGUCCAACAUCCUCGACACAGAAGAGUCGAAGGAGUUCGUGAUGGGCAUGAAGCGGCUUCUCUCCUUUUUGCAGCUGGUACGGCCCAACGAGGACGUCUCCAAGCACGCCAACAUCUGCUCGGCGCGGGCGCCCGUCUUCCAGAGGGCGCUGGGGCGUCGCAGGGUCCGCAGGGUCGGCGGCCUGGGGCUCGGCUCCGGGGACCUCCUGCGUGCAGCCGAGGCCUGCGCAGCGAUGUGCCCCUCCAGGGGCCGCCCCGCGCCGCCUCGCCGCUGGCAGCUCGCCCUGGCGGCGCUGCUCGGCGCCGGCGCGCCGCCGCGGCUCGGCCCCGCGGCGCGCGCCCACGCGGCCGGGCCCCCGGGGCGCGGCGGCCCGGCGGGCGCGCAGCCGGCGCGGCCGGCGCAGGGCGCGGCUGCGGCGGCGGGCGCCUCCGCGCCGCGGGGCGCGCCCGGGCGGUGGCGCGGCGCGGAGGCGCCGCGGCGUCUCCCGGCGCCGCCCCGCGGGCCGUCCUGGCAGGGCGGGGCGCACGGACGGCCUGGAGAGCCCGGGCGCCCUGGAGUGCGGGGCCGCCCCGAGGGGCUGGCCGAGUGGAGGAAGGCAGACAAGCCGGCGCCUGCGCCCGACCUCGUGGUGGAGCCCAAGAACGGCAGUGAGCACCUGUGCACUCUCAUCUACCUGCACGGCCACUCCCGCACCGGGGAGGAGUACCUGGACAACGGCCCCAUGGGCCUCUGCAUGCCCUGGAACUCCGGCGGGGACCGGCUGCCGGGCCUGCGCACCGUGCUCCCGACGGCGCGCAGUCUGAAGCAGCCCUGGGGCGACGUGGAGCCCUCGUGGUACCGCUACAACAAUUCUCACGACAAUGACGUCGGCGACCCAGACUCAUUGGAGGAGACCCGGGAGCGCAUCGGCAGACUCGUGUGCGAGGAGGUGGCCCGGCUCGGGGGCGCCGGGCGCCGCGUCUUCCUGGGCGGCGCCUCGCAGGGGUGCACGGUGGCCCUGGACAUCUACCUCCGAGAGGCAUCGACGCUGCGGCUCGGGGGCUUCGUCGGCAGCAUCGGCUUCAUACCAAGCGACGCUGAUGGUUUCAGCGGCGCGACCGAGGCUUUGACGAAGCUGCUGGAAGACUCGAGCCAGGCGAGCAGACCUGUCUGGAUACAGUGCGCCACCGACGACCGCAGCGAGGUGCCGUGGCACCGCGUGGUGAAGCCGUCCUUCAAGCGAGUCGAGGGAGGAGGGCUGCCUUUCUUCCUGGCACGUGAAGUCGCUGGCCGUGGUCACCACAUCGACGACUGGGAGGGUCACAUUGUGAACGACUACUUCCGAAAGCACCUGGGGGACAUGUAUCCCAAUCGCUACAAGUAGUGCUGCCGAUCAGCAGAUCCGCUCAGGCCUUCCGCGCGCCAGCCGCCUUGACGUUCCUGUGGUGGGCUGCCCGGAAGUUCCUGGUAAAGUGUGCUUGCUUGCUCCAUCCCCAUCUGCCUCCUUCCCUCCCUCCCACCUCCCUUCCCGAUGGCAUGGGUCCGCACUCGCGCUUGUGGCACUCGCCGGAAGCUGCCGGCUCCCGAAAGUCUUGGCCAGGAGCUCCCCGCGCGGUGCCACGGGAGAGAGGCGCGCGCAGCGCCACGGGCGCGUGCCUGCUCGGUGGCCGCCGCCCGCGGAGAGGGUGCCCG